GAGGGUUAUGUUUUUUGUUUGUUUAUUUUCUGAAUUCUGAUGAAUUUAUUUCAUGGAUAGCUCUUUUCUGUGAAAUUUUCAAACAAUAAUAAUAAUGGUCACAUGUGCUGUAGCUAAUUGUAAGAAUACUUCGGGAAAAUUCUCAAAAAAUAAAGACGGCAUUACAUUUCACAGAUUUCCUCGAGACAAAGCUAGGCGGAAGAAAUGGGAAGUGGCUGUUAACCGUGAGCAAGAUUGGAACUCCACAGAGUCUAGUGCGGUCUGCUCCGAGCACUUUGAUGCUAGUGACUUUUACCUGACGGAGAGCGGCCUGCGGAGGUUGUCUUGUGAAGCUCUACCCAUGUACAAUAUAUCGCCAUGCCAGCCUCUAAAAGCCACAAUUUCUGAAGUAGAACCAGUCGACAUAAAACCUACAGAUUCAGAAGAGGUCAUAAAGUUAAAAUACAAAGUGCGUAGACUGGAAGCCAUUGCAGAGAGCAGAAAACGGAGACUGAACCUCAUGUGGCAACGGAAGAAAAGGCUACGGAAGAAGUUGGAACAAAUGAGGACCUACGUCAAACAUUUGAUCAAACACAACCGUAAAGAAAAUGGAACUAAAAGUGUUGAUGUCGAUUUAGGAUCAUAAGUGAUACUGAUAAUAAUAAUUUUGGUAAAAUAAUUGACAUUUUGACUGAUUUUAAUUUUACUCAUU